AUGUCUCAAAAUGUUCAUUCGGAAUGCCACCCUCCUACAGCGUCUACUCAGUCCAACUUUCGUAUGGUCUCUUCCUCACCAACCACCGCAUGUGGCUCCAGCGUACUCAAUCUUGCCUCGAUCUUGAAUCCAAUGCCGUCCUUUGACAGUGAGAGCGAUAGCAGCACGUCGAUCGCUCGAAAUGAAGACCCUUCAGCUCGCCGUACUCCUCCCCAACACAAGGCAUUGGCAUUGGAUCACUUUCCUUUGUAUACGCACUCGUCUUCUUUACGAACACCACCCAAACCAACACCAUCCACGCAUAUCACCAAUACCCGCCCAGCGACUACUCUGAUAUGGCAGCCUGUGGAAACGCCUCGUGAUCAUGGUGGAGUGGAACGUACUUCAUAUCAAGAUGCUUUACAAUCAUCAUUACCGCCACCACCACCACCAACACCUUACACCAACAAGAUGCAAAAUAAUAACAGCAGCAGUUACACCAAUGGUUCUUCCGAUACGUCGUCGCCAUCAUCAUCUUCAGGAGGUGGCAGCAGUGGUGGUUUUUAUUAUUAUCAUCAUCAUCAUUAUCCAACACCCGAAUCACCAGGAUUUCAACACAAUGAAAUGGAAAGGAAACGCAGCUUUCAUGAUGAUACAGCAAAAACAACAGAGCCAGCAUUCAAGCAAAGGUGUCGUGAUGAAAUGUCACACGAGAAGAGACACAAGAAUAAGAUCCUCGCAUCCAAAAAAGGACAAUUACCAACUUCCCAGGAUGGCGGGACUGGCAUCAUUGUUCUUGAUCAGCAUCAGCAUCAUCAUUCUUCACCUCAAUCAUACGACGAUUCAUUACAACAACAUCAACAUCCUCCUCCUCCACAACCACGACCGCCUCACUCAUCUCAACCAUUGGAAAUCCAAUUUGCUAUCAACAAUGAUUCAAUGGUGGCUGCAGGUUCAUCCACCCCAUCAAAACCAUCUACACCAACCCAAUCGGUAUCUUCUUCGGCUGAGAUUAAGAAGGUACCCAAGAAGAGAGGCCGACCACCCAAACCCGAGUCUGAAAAGAAAAAAAAGUCGACCAACACCACUGGCAAGAACAAAAAGGCGCAGGCAGCCGCAAAGCAACAAAUCAAGCUCUAUUGUACAUGCCAGACACCCUUUCAAAGUCCCUUAUUUAUGCUACCAUGCGAUCACUGUAAUCAAUGGUUUCACGGCUCUUGUGUCAAUGUCACUCCUCAAACGGCAACCUAUCUCGACUUGUAUAUAUGUGAUAAUUGCACCAAAGACACUGGCAAGAAGACGUCGCAUCGACCUGUGUGUGCACGAUCAUCAUGCAACAACCCAUCCAACAUCACGACCAAGGGUACACAACAAUCCAAAUAUUGUUCACUUGAAUGUGGAAUGCAAAUGGCACGAGAACGGCUAUCACGAUCACUACUCAAAGAUGUGGGCAAUGAAGAUGCUGACUUGGCACCACUCCUUGAACAACAACGCAUCUAUGUGGGUCGAGAAUUGGAUGAGGAUCAGAAUCAAAAAGAUAUGGAACGUAUUCGGAAACUACGCUGCGACAAUGCCAAGCUCAAAGGUGAAGCCAAGGCCAUUAAUCGCAAAUUGGAGCUGUUUGAUCAUAUGAUGGUGGCAAUACAAGAACAAGAGAAGGCGACGGGUGUGAUAACGUGUGGAUACGAUUCGAGACUGGGAUGGCAGGACCAAGUGAUCAGGCUCGUGAAGGGUAUUCGACGUCAAGGCAACCAUGUCAUCCUCGACUUUGAUGAGAAGAAGAGUGAACCAGAGUAUUCGAUAUGUGAGCGUACCGGCAAAUGUCCUCAGCAUGAGAAAUGGAAGGUGGAUAAAAAGGCCGAGCUUGACUGGGAGCGUCGCAUGUAUCUGGAUAAGAUUGCAUUGUACAACCGCACUCUCCACCAUUAUCGACAACGUAUCAAGCAACGACUCCAACCCACUCUCGACUGGUCCUUUUUAGAAAAUGGCACUAUUCGACAUGGCGACCAAGAGAAUUAG